AGCCCGAAAUAGACCAGACCCAGACCCAGACAGUUUGGCGCGUGCGAACGAGAGAGAGCAGGAGAGCUUGGUAGGUAUAGGCGGGGAAGGAACCGUUCGAGGGAGAGGGGGAGAGGGGGAGAUCCGAAUUAGGGUUUUGAAAUUUCCAUACAUCGAAAGGGGGCGACCAGGUGUGUGAGAGAGAUAGAGAGAGUUUUGUUAGUCUGCUAGAGCUAAGAGAGCGAUACCGAACGAAUUUGAGUGUUAGGGUUCCCCAUCUCCAUCUGUAUUUCGCUUGUAGCAACAGUUAUUCAAGUUUCUCAUGGAGCGAAAGCUUGUGGUUUUGGGUAUUCCAUGGGAGGUGGAUACCGAAGGUUUGAGGGAAUAUAUGAGCAAAUUUGGUGAACUAGAGGAUUGUAUUGUCAUGAAGGAGCGUUCAUCAGGUCGUUCUCGUGGUUUUGGAUAUGUAACAUUCACAUCAGCAGAAGAUGCAAAGAGUGCACUAUCAAGUGAACACUUUCUUGGGAACAGAAUGCUGGAAGUUAAAGUGGCCACACCGAAGCAGGAGGAGAUGAGAGCACCUGCAAAGAAAGUGACAAGGAUAUUUGUGGCAAGGAUUCCACCAUCUGUGACUGAAACAGUCUUUCGAAGUCAUUUUGAGAAAUAUGGUGAUAUAAUAGAUCUGUACAUGCCAAAGGAUCAUAGCUCAAAAGCACAUCGUGGAAUUGGAUUCAUAACAUUUUCCAGUGCAGAUUCUGUGGACAAUUUGAUGGCGGAUAAUCAUGAACUGGGAGGUUCCACUGUAGUUGUUGAUCGAGCAACACCCAAGGAAGAUGAUUUCAGACCAGUUGGAAGAAUGUCACACGGUGGAUAUGGCGCAUACAAUGCUUAUAUUUCUGCAGCUACUAGAUAUGCAGCACUUGGUGCUCCUACUUUAUAUGACCAUCCAGGUCCACUAUAUGGAAUAGGGGAACCUGCUAGGGGAAUGGGCAAAAAGAUCUUUGUUGGAAGACUUCCUCAGGAAGCAACUGCUGAAGACUUGCGCCAGUAUUUUGGUAGAUUUGGUCACAUAUUAGAUGUUUAUGUUCCCAAGGACCCAAAGAGAACUGGCCACAGAGGUUUUGGAUUUGUAACCUUUGCUGAAGAAGGCGUAGCUGAUCGUGUUUCUCGAAGGUCUCAUGAGAUUUGUGGACAUCAGGUUGCAAUAGAUUCAGCCACACCUGUUGAUGAUGCUGGCCCAAGUGGAAAUUUCAUGAUGAAUGCUGCUCCAUCUUUUGGUGGUUAUGGUGGUCCUUUGCGCAACUUUAGCAGAAUGUAUGGAAGCCUGGAUUUUGAUGAUUGGGGUUAUGGAAUGGGUAGCGCAAGGCCUUCAAGAGCAGAUUGGAGGUAUCGGCCAUACUAAGUGUUGUGGCCUCGGAGAACUGGGAUUGCUCCACUGGUGUCUACAAGAUGUGCAGGCUUUCUGAUCUAAGUUUUAAGAAAAAUAGUAAAAUAAGCAUUUGACUUUGACAAUUUUCUAUUAUUUGAUUUGUGGAUGAUGCUUACUUGGUACGUUCAUUAUCAAAUGCCAUGCUGUUCAAAAUAUUAUUUCUGGCGGCAUAAUAGACCUGUACAAAUUUAACCGGCCAAACAUGUUUGGACCAAAGAGUAUCACUCUCCAUGUACUAUGAGGCCAAACAUGUUUGGACCAAGAGUAUCACUCUCCAUGUACUAUGACUAAAAGGUCAUUUUUAUUGUAGUUAAAUUAUUUAGAAUUAAAUUGCCAUUCAAUUGGUUAUCAACACCAAAAA